AUGCAAUCGUUUGAGGGAGUGUGCCUGUCGUCCUGUCGUUGUUAUCGGAAACGCGUUGCAACUGUGCUCAUACAGCAUGACGUCACCCCCGAGACAUGCCCCGUACAGUAUAGGCCGAACACAGUAACGGGCUGUCUGCAGUACCAAGGGUACUGUAAAAAGAGACGGACGAAUUUGGAGUCGCACGACUCACGUCCUGCACAUGAGCAACUCAUGGAAACUAGCCGUCUUCAUUUCGUCGCCGCUAGUUAG